AUGAUCAGAAUUGUACCAUCAAGUCAUAUCCAUUUAAGAGGUACAAGACUAUUAUCUCGUCAUUUUCAGGUGUUGCUAAAAACAAGAGUUUCUCCAACCAUGACAGAUUAUUCAAAAGAGAGAAAGGUUGCCAUUGAAGCUGUUUUGUCUGCUAGCAAAGUUUGUCAAUCUGUUUUCCAACAUUUAGUUGCUAAUGAGACUUUGACCAAGAACGAUAAAUCACCAGUUACAGUUGCCGACUUUUCAGCACAAGCCAUCGUCAAUACGAAGUUAAAGCAGCACUUCCCUAACGAUCCCAUUGUGGGUGAGGAGGAUUCUAAAGACUUGAAAGGAGAAACUGGCACACCGUUGAGAGAAAAGGUUGUUUCUUUAACCAAUGGUAUUUUGGCCGAUAACGAAAAGCUUUCAGAGCAACAAAUUUUGGAUGCCAUUGAUAGAGGUAAUUAUAGUGGAGGAGCUAAAGGACGUCAUUGGACGUUGGAUCCUAUUGAUGGUACCAAAGGAUUUUUGCGUGGCGGACAAUACGCUGUUUGUCUAGCUUUGAUUGUCGACGGUAUUGUACAAUUGGGUGUGAUUGGUUGCCCUAAUUUACCUAUUGAUCAUAAGAAUCCUGAUGGUGAACGCGGGUCCUUGUUUAUAGCUGUUCGAGAACAAGGAGCUUUUCAACGUCCUUUUGAUAAAGAUACAGAAACACCUAUUCAGUUCGCUGAUAUCUCAUCAACAGAAGAGGCUACUUUUUGCGAAUCUGUUGAAGCAGCCCAUUCUUCACACUCUGAUGCUUCCAAGAUCGCCAAAGAGCUAGGUAUUACUCGCGAGCCUGUUCGUAUGGAUAGUCAGGCCAAAUAUUGCUCUUUGGCUCGUGGAGAUGCUGAUAUUUACUUGCGUUUGCCUGCCAACAUGGCUUACGUAGAGAAGAUUUGGGAUCACGCAUCUGGUAAUGUUCUUAUAACUGAAGCUGGAGGUGAAGUAACUGACAUUUACGGGCAGCCACUUGAUUUCUCUAUUGGACGUACGUUGGAGAAGAACAAAGGUGUCAUCGCAUCGAAGAAAAAUAUCCAUGCUCGAGUGUUACAAGCAGUGCAAAAGGUGUUGAGCAUCUAA